ACAGUCCGUCGGCUCUCACCGCCACGCACGCAAUUACAUUUUAGUGAAAUACAAAGAAAAGCCAUGCAAUAUAUAAGACCGGCGUUUCGAAACGCCUCUUUCACCUUCUCCUGCCUCUUAAACCCUAAUCCCCAUAAUCCCUUGUUUUCUCUCACUCUCCGUUCGCUGCCCAUCAUCACCACCUCACCCUCACCGUCGCAUUUGACCUCUCAUUUCACACUUGAAACUUUUCCACCCUUGUCAUCUCCUCGCUGCUUCUCUUCUUCAAUGGCGGCUGCUGGCGACCAAUCACACUCAGCAUCUUCCCCCCAGUCUCUUGAAAAGCAAUUUGAAGACUUUCGGCUUCAGCUAGAGGAGUCGGGGAGCUUGCGUGAGCGAAUUAGAGCGGUUGUUUCGGAAAUUGAAUCCACCACCAGGCUUAUGUAUGCUAGCCUUCUACUGGUUCAUCAGUCUCGUCCGACUCCUGAGCUUCUGGAUAAAGCGAAGUCCUAUGUCAAUGUGUUGAAAGACCAUUACAAGCAACUUGCUGAAGUUCUUGGAGAAUGCCCUGGCCAGUACUAUAGGUAUCAUGGUGAUUGGAGGAGUGAUACACAGACGGUAGUUUCACUGAUUACUUUUAUGCACUGGUUAGAAACAGGAAGCCUUCUUAUGCAUGCAGAAGCUGAGGAGAAACUAGGCUUGAACAGUUCAGAGUUUGGUCUCGAUGUUGAAGACUAUCUAAUAGGUGUUUGUUUUAUGUCCAAUGAAUUACCAAGGUAUGUGGUGAAUCAAGUGACAGCUGGGGAGUAUGAUUGUCCUAGGAAAGUCCUAAAGUUCUUAACAGAACUCCAUGCUGCAUUUCGUAUGCUUAAUCUUCGGAAUGAUUUUCUGAGGAAGAAAUUUGAUGGCAUGAAGUAUGAUCUGAGAAGAGUUGAAGAGGUUUACUAUGAUGUCAAAAUUCGGGGUUUGGCGCCCAACGGUGAGCCAGUCGAAGAUCAAGGCGUUCAAGGGCAACCUUAGGCUGUGAAGGUUGACUUGAGGGUACUCGUACUUCUGAGAUAUUGUCCGCUACUUUGCACCAUCAAAGACGCAUGUAUUUGUGUUCCUAAUAGUCGGUGGAAGGAAGGAAAGAUAAUUUCUUCCAACUCUCCCUUGAGCCGACAAUGUCAGGCGAGAUCCUAGAUACCAGCGUUUCAGCAAGAUGUAGAUGCGGAAUACAUUGAGUGUGCGAGCGUUAUAUCCAGUGUCAACGUUCUUUUUAUAAGUCAUGUUAACCUUUAUGUUUAGCUGAAAAAGUCCGCCGCCCGACUCUAGUUGUAAGCAUUGCUGAGUUGUGAGAGGGGAUGAUAUUACUGACAGUCCAAGUGUAGGAGUGUGCUAAACAGUGGCAUCAUUGAGUAGCUGGUGAGCAAAGUUUCUUGCUGAUUCAUAUCUAACGUUUCUGAUAACGGCAAUUCAAUGGCGGUAAAAUGAUUUUCAACAA